AUGGCUACUCCCGAAACCUCCCGAGAACCCUGCCCAGAUCGCAUCCUUGAUGACAUCGGAAGCGCCUUCGGCAUGGGAGCCGUCGGAGGUUCGGCUUUCCAUUUCCUGAAAGGAAUCUACAACUCACCGAAAGGAGAGCGUUUCAUCGGCGGUGCACAAGCAGUCCGUAUGAACGCACCACGUGUUGGCGGAAGCUUCGCCGUAUGGGGCGGCCUGUUCUCAACCUUCGAUUGCACCAUGGUGUACGUUCGCCAGAAGGAGGAUCCAUGGAACUCGAUCAUCGCCGGUGCCGCCACAGGAGGCUUUCUUCAGAUGCGCCAGGGUUUCCGCCCCGCCGCUCGAUCUGCUCUUUUUGGUGGCGUUCUGUUAGCCAUGAUUGAAGGGGCUGGGAUCAUGCUUAAUAAGUUUAUGAGCGCUCAACAGCAGAUGCCUGUGAUGAUCGAAGAUGCGCCACAAUCAGCUCCAAAUAUGACUCCAGGGUUUAAUUUGCCUAAUCAAGACUCGCAAGCUGAGAUAACGCCUUCAUCUUGGUUUGGUGGCCUGUUUGGCGGCAAACAAGAGGAAAAGAUUCCGAAGGUGAAGACUGAAGUUCUGGAGAGUUUUGACUCCCCAUUGCCACCGACUUUUGAGUUCAAGUAA